ACAUUGUAGCAAUUAGACCGUGUACCAGCCGGUUUCAACCUGGUGAGGACAGCAUGAAUGCACGACGGUCUCCUGUACCUUUUCGAUAUAAUCUUCACUCCAAUAUCUGAUUUGAAACAUUUGACUGCCGAUUUCUACACGAGGCAGCCAGCCAGCGGCCUGGAGCCAGCAGUCUGCCAGAGGUUAAGGGCCGACUCCCUCCCCCUCCAAUCGACCCCGUGCAGCCCGAUCUGCCCCCAGGUUGAUCAGCAUGACAAAACACUGGGGGGGUCAGAGCCUGCUGGCAGCACCCGCUCUCUCCUACCUGCGCUCUCCUAGCCUGGGAGGCCACCACGACCAUCAACUUGACUUCCAGAUCCAUCCUCUGAGCAACACAGCACGGAGCUCUCCAGCCCAACACUGGCCCUACUGCCCAAUCCAGGCGCCAGUCCGACAGCCUCCACGGCUCGAGAAGCCUUCCCCUUACCAAUUCAGCCUGGCCUCAGCCCCCAUGGAUAAAGCGACGCCGCUAGACCACAACGGAGGGCCCGGGUCAUCCUACCCUCCGCCGCCCAAGCUCAACAAAGAUGGGCCGUUCAAGGAGGAAUCUUGGGACGAGGAGAAAAAAGCCAACGGUGGAAAGAAAAAAAACUAUCAGCGCUACCCCAAACCACCCUACUCGUACCUCGCAAUGAUUGCCAUGGUCGUCCAAAACUCUCCAGAGAAGAAGCUUACGUUGUCUGAGAUUCUGAAGGACAUCAGUGCACUUUUCCCUUUUUUCAAAGGGAACUACAAGGGCUGGCGGGACUCAGUGCGACACAACCUUUCUUCCUAUGACUGCUUUGUUAAGGUACUGAAGGAUCCUGGGAAGCCUCAGGGGAAGGGCAACUUCUGGGCCGUGGAGGAGAGCCGGGUGCCCCUGGAGCUCCUCAAGAGGCAGAACACUGCCGUGUCGCGCCAGGAUGAGACCAUCUUCGCCCAGGACCUUGCCCCUUACAUCCUGCAUGGGCACGAACAUAAGCCAGACGCAGAGCCCCCGGCCCCACCACCACCAGUCACUGUUCAACCCCCAGGCCCCCCUGUCACUGCUCUACCCCCCUUGCCCACCAGACAACUCUCCCCCCUUCAGGAGGAGCUGUACCGGCCCAAGCUGGACUCGUCCUUUGCCAUUGACUCCAUCCUCCACAGCCUGAGGCCGGCCAGCACUGCAGGAGAGCCUGACAGGGACAGGGACUGCUGGGGGGUGGAGCCCCACACUCGUCCCUCCCCUCCUCCACACCCUCGCUACUCCUCCACCAUCCGCAGCACCUCAGCCAGCUCCGCCUCCUCCUCCUCCGAUGAGGACUGGAGGGGCGCGUCGCAGGGAGGGAAGCGGGUGCCCGAGGGCGAGGCGGGAUCAGAUGGCUACGAGGACUGCAGACCCCCUCCACACAAGUCUGCCCGCAGAGUCUCCGCCCCUCCCUGGGAGCUGCCCACCUCGUAUGCCAAGUACACACCGCCCAACGCCGUGGCCCCGCCCAGCAUGCGUUUUAAUGGGGGCCCUCUGAUUCCACUAGGGAUGCCUCUAUAUGGCUACGGGGGGUCUCCUGUCACAUCCAGCCAUUUUGUAGGUCAUGCCUACUGGCCCCUCUUACCCAGCGGACGCCCUCCCCUCAUUAUGGACCUGGACAGUAUGCUCCAGUCAGUACCGCCCAAUAAGAGUGUGUUUGACGCGCUGGGUCCGGCCAAUCAGUCGUCUCACCAGCCUGCUGGUCAGUAUACCCUGCAGAGUGGACCCCCUCUCAGGCGUCAUCCCCAUUAUUGACUAUGACUCUGUCAAAUCAAACCAGCACCAAAUAUAUUGUAAGUGCAAUGCAAGGAUACUACUGACCUAUUCGUACACAUUUAACUCAUGGACAGAAAUGUGUCCACCAUAUCAAUCUGUCAUUUCUAAUUGACAGGUCAUAGUAUUAAAUGUUUACAGAAGACAAUUGUCAAUUCAAAUGUACUACUAACAUCUAACUCAAAUAAAUAACCACUAAUAUCUA